UCAGCCUCCUCCGUCCUUACACUGGCAGACCAGGUCGCGUCCUCUCUGCCUCCACUUUGCCACUUAUUCUGCUAUUUAUACUUCCCCUCAUUUCCGUCGAUUUCUCGCAGUAAGAUUGCGUUCAAUCCUUAAAUAUUGUUUUUAUCUAUUCCAUCUUUACCCCUCCGCGCGACUACAGACUGCCUCUUGACUCCCUCCUUCUCCCUCCCCCUUCCCCCCUUCGUCGGCGCAUUCCGUCAACACGUCCUCAGAGAAAAACAUCUCCGUUAACUGUAAGAGACCGUUCUUGAAGCCCGCUCGGUCUCCUCCCAGCUCUCUCCCUGUCUCUUUCUUCUACACGCUUGUCUGUGUCCUCUCUCUUUCUCUCCUUCCGUCUCUCUCUUUAGCCUGAUAGUUCUGGCGCCAACACGUGCACCGCCGCCCGAUAGCCUGGCAGCUUCGUCUCAGCAGCGCCGGCGACACACUUGAGGCAGGAGGAAAACCUCGCAAGACAGAAAGAUUCUGACACUUGUAAGCGACUUGCUUUCCGGCCAGACAUCAACAGACGAGGGCGACGUCAAAGUUGCAUCAAGCGAGGGACACGUGUUCUACACCUUUAGCUGUCACGCUCUACACUUGGCUCCUGCUACCCCUUCAGUGACUUCAAAUCUUCAAGUGCUCCGAGACUUCGAAACAGUCUUCUUUCCGCAGUUCCCAAGGGAACUUCCUUGUGUUCCCAGACUACUACUAUUGAUUACUUGCACACAAGUGGUAUAGGAGUGAUUGGCGUAACCUUGACCGUGAAACAACGAGUGGAGGCCGCCCCGCCCUCCAGCACCCACCCACGGCCGCCGUCGCCUCGUCCACGUGGAGGCUAGCGACGUGAGAGACGUCUCAGCUCGCCUGGGAAGGCGCCGCCGCUGCUCCUCGGAGUAUUCGGAGAGAAUCCCUACGUUUCUGUCGUUACUCUCCCUCUGCUCUAUCUUCCUCACUUUGUCUGUCAGUCCCCCAUCCCUAUUUUCGUUGCGUGUAUUUCUUCAUCUCUGCCCUUUGUGUUUACUGUUCAUGUUUAUGUUUGUAUGUGACUCUUUUUUCUCAAAGAAUUCCCUCUCCUCUUUUCCUGUUUCUAUUCCGUAACUUCAGUUCUUCCAAGAAGGAAGAAAAAAAAAUCACCAUCCUUCUUCGUCUACCGUGUGUCAUCUUCCGCUUCUGACAUCUAAAAAAAGAAAAAAAAAACAAAACAACUAAAAGGCGUUAGCUUUGUGUUGGCAAGACCUCACUACAAGGAAACAAACAAACGAAAGACAAAAAAAUAAAACUGUAGAAGAGGAAAAAGUUAGAAAGACAAAAACGCACGAAAAGGACAAAAUAAAGAAAGAGAGAAAUACACUGAAUAAAGGAAAGGAAAGAAAAACAUCGACGGCAGGAUGGAGCUGUUCCUCCGAGUGGCUGUUGCGACGUGUGUUGCAGUCAUGGUGUCGAGGGAAGUGAACGCAGGCUGCCGGAUGGCCGGCCACGUCUAUGAAGCUGGCGAAGUUUGGCAUCCCAUUCUGAAGAGCUCGACAUCAAAUUACUGCGUGACCUGUCGUUGUGAGGAGGACGAGAACGGGCGCUCAGACUACAACUGUUCAACUGAGAGCUGUCCUGAGGGGUGCAGUGGGGGCCCGGACCAAGGCGAAUGUUGUUCCAUCUGUUCUGCCCCUGACGGAGGCAGCAGCAGCAGCACAACCUCCUCCUCCUCCUCGUCCUCUUUCUCGUUCUCAGGCAACACCAGCGGAAGCAGCGGCAGCGGCGGGAGUGGUGAGAUCGCUGCUUCGGGAAUCGUCGGGUCGUCUGGGAGAGGUCGUAGUGUAGGUGAAGAGUCGUUCCGAGUUUGUGUCGUAGAUGGAAUGCUGUACAACCACGGUGACACAUUUUCGUCUAACUACAGUGAUGCUGAAGAUGAGAAGUGCGAGCAUUGCUUCUGUGAUGACGGCCUGGCUCAGUGUAGGACCAAGACUUGCCCACCCGUGUCCUGCUCUUCACCCAUUUACACCAGACGCGAUUGUUGCAGGGUCUGCCCUGGUAUGUAG